AUGUUGAUUGGAAAACAGCAUCUUUUACUUAGUGACAUCUGCCUACUUGCAUAUUUGGUCUUUAUAAAUAAAGGUUUAAAUCUUAGUAAUUAUUAGCGAGUUCAAUUAUUUCUAUAUCUUUAAUAACUGUACUUUAUGCUGCCAGCAUUAUUUUUUAGGUUUUAUGUGUCUUACUUAAAAAUGAACAGAAAAAUUAAAUUUUUUAGGGAAUAUGUUUUUCAAUGAAAAUAAUAUCCAUCUGGUUUGCAUAUUAAGCAAAAUAAGAAUACAUACUUUGCUCAUUAAUAUAAACUCAAAUAUUAUUUAAUAAUAUAGACUUAAAAUAGAAGCACUAAUAACCAAUCUUAAUCUUAGCAUAGAUGGUUAUGUUUAUAUUCAAUUUUGAAUAAAUUAUACUUGAUUAUGAGUAGAUGUUUAUAAAUCUAAUUUAAUUAGUGAUAUUUAGUUUAUGGUUAUAUAGAGAAAAAAGUUUAAAAUAAAAAGAGGAUUUUAAAGGAGAGCAAAAUAUGAAUGAAUAGGAAUGUAAAAUUGAUAUUUAAGUUGAUACAUUGAAACAACAUUAGAAUCUCAUUCAUACUAUUUCUACAAAAAGAAUAAAUUUACCAUAAAAUUCUUUAUUAUUUAAUGAUUAAUAUGAACUAAUAGAAACUUAAAUUAAUUUUUCAGAUUUGAUAACUCAUCCAAAUUAAUAUAAUUAAGCAUUUGAAAUACUUUUAAAUUUGAAUUUGAAUUAUAUUGAAGACACAGUUUUAAAAUAAAGUGAACUGAGAGUAAUAGUAUUAAAUAUGUAAAUUGAUGAAUAACAUUUGUUAAUUAUAGAUAAGAAUGAAUAUUUCAAAUACGAUAAUCAGGCGAUGUUAUUAAAUUGUAUUUUAGUUGAUGGAAUAAAGUGUUUUUAAGUUCAAUUUUUUACAAUUCCAUUAAUAACAAACAAUAUAUAAGAAAUGGAUUCUUCAAUGGAGAUAGAUAUGUGUAGAUCAUUAUCCCAUGAAUUGGGUACAAAUUUAAAUAGUAUAAUAACAUUUACUAAGAUGGCAUUAAAGGAUGAUAAUGUAGAUUCUCAUUUUAAAUGUAAAUAUUUGGAGCCAAUAAGAAUUAAUAGUGAAUAAUUGAAUCUGAUAGUUGGGACGAUAAGAGAUUAUAAUUUGAUAAACUUAAAGUAAUUUAGUUUGAAAUUGGAAGAAGUAGAUAUAGAAUUAGAAAUUAGAUUUAUUGUAUCAUUAUUUAAUGAGAGUAUUGAAAAUAAGAAUAUUAAGAUAGAAUAUUGCUUUGAUUUUUAAUCAAGUAUUUUGGUGAAUGAUAAAGUAAGAUUUCGAUAAGUUUUAUUUUAAUUAAUGUAGAAUGCUAUAAAAUACACUUUUGAAUCGUCAAUUACAAUAACAAUUUUGAAUGACAAUUUAGAAUGUUUUAUCUCAAUUUCAGAUAAUGGGAUUGGAAUGGUAUAAUAUAAUACAAUAUAAAUAGACAGAGUAAGAAGCAGAAAAUAUGAAUUCAUUAUUAUAAUCGAAUAAAUUUGUAAGAGUAUCUGAAUAAUCAGUUGGUGUAGGAUUGGGACUUGGAAUAUCAAAUCAAUUAGUAAAAUAGAUGAGUGGUAAGAAUAAUUCCAUUUAACUUAAUCGAAAGAAUCAAGGAUGUUAGUUCAGUUUUUUUAUAAAAAAUCAUUAAUUAGAGAUGUCAAAAGAAUUUAUGAGAAAGUAAUCUUCAGGAUUCGUUAAAAAGAGCAGUCAAACAAUUCGGUUUAUAUCUGUAAAUACAUAUAUUGAAGAUUAAGUAAAAUAAUAAUCCUUUUAGAAAAUACAGAUAUAAAAAAGUUUAAUUUAAACAAAUUCUAAUUCUUAAUAAUAAUUUAUCAUUUCAUCUAAUAAAAGAAUAAAUAAUUGUUAUUAAGAAAGUAGAAAAUAAAGUGAGGAGGAUAGUUUGUAAUCAAUUCAUCCUCCAAUCUUAAGUCCUAAGUUUUAAUAAUCUAUUGUACAAUGCAGUCUUAACAGUGACUGUUGUUCUAGAGUAUUAAUUGUUGAUGAUGAAUACUUUAAUAUUUAAUGUCUAAAAUUAUUGAUGAACAAAUAUCAAUCAAGAUGUGAUUCUGCUUACAAUGGCAAAGAAGCAUUAUAACUAGUAAAUCAUAAGAAACAUCAUCCUUGUAAAAUAUGUGGAAAUAGAUACUAUAGUUUGAUUUUCUUAGACAUCAAUAUGCCAAUAUUAGAUGGGUAUAAAACUGUUAAAGAAUUAAAAAAUUUAAUGAAAUAAUAAAUAAUUAAUAAAGCUUGGUGCAUUGCAAAUACAGGAUUCUGCGAUUUAGAUACAAAAUUAAAAAGCUAUGAAGCAGGAAUGGAUUAUUACUUAACAAAACCAUUAGAUUAAAAUGAACUCAGAAGUAUGCUAAAUGUUUUAUUUCCUUUUAAUGAUUACUGA